AUGGAAACUGAACAUUUGAUCAGUCACAAGCAUCCACUGAUGUUCAAGGAAGAGCAGAAAGAAAAACAUGGCGGGCUGGCUUUUUGCUCAGGGUGUGCAGAACCUGUGAUUGGCCCUGGCUACUGCUGCACCAAAUACCCGGAAUGCGACUUCAUUGUCCAUAAAUUACUUAAUUUUCUAUGA